ACCUGGUUGCUGUCUGAUCACCACGUGGCUCAUUCGUUACCCCUGCGAAACCCUGUGGAAUUAUCUGAAAGUGAAGAAGGGCCAGAAACAGCCUCCUUUUGGAAGAUAGACAUAGUCAAGGGCUUCGCUACUGGUUUAAUGGUGAAGAUAAAAGCCUGUCGUUGUAAGAGAAAUUUAAGGGAGUGGGAAACUCCACCACAAAGUGUGGUACCAACUCCUGGAGAAGCCAAAUGGAUAUGAAGCCUCCCCCUAGGAAAGGUGCAGAUUUCUGCUCACUACGAUAUGGGCUGGCUCUUAUCAUGCACUUCUCGAACUUCACCAUGAUCACCCAGCGCGUGAGUCUGAGCAUCGCCAUCAUUGCCAUGGUGAACAACACCCAGCAACAUGAUCCACCCAGUGCCUCCACUGAGGGGUCUCUGACAGAUGCCCUCCACCACCCAAACAGGUCCAGUGAGGACUUUAAAACAAGGGCAUCUGUGUAUCAGUGGAGCCCAGAGACCCAGGGCAUCAUCUUUAGCUCCAUCAGCUACGGAAUAAUAUUGACUCUGAUCCCAAGUGGAUAUUUAGCAGGGAUAUUUGGAGCAAAACAGAUGCUUGGUGCUGGUUUGCUGAUUUCUUCCCUACUCACCCUCUUUACCCCGCUGGCUGCUGACUUCGGAGUGAUUUUGGUCAUUGUGAUUCGGACAGUGCAGGGCAUGGCCCAGGGAAUGGCUUGGACAGGUCAGUUUACAAUUUGGGCAAAAUGGGCUCCUCCACUUGAACGGAGCAAGCUCACCAGCAUUGCAGGAUCGGGGGCUGCAUUUGGAUCCUUCAUUAUCCUCUGUGUGGGUGGACUAAUUUCACAGGUAUUCGGCUGGCCUUUUAUCUUCUACAUCUUUGGUGGCACUGGCUGUAUCUGCUGUCUACUGUGGUACACGGUGAUUUAUGAUGACCCUGUGAACCAUCCAUGUAUAAGUGCCAGGGAAAAGGAGCACAUUGUGUCCUCUCUGGCUCAGCAGCCCAGUUCUCCCAGACGAUCUGUCCCCAUAAAGGCUAUGGUCAGAUGCCUACCACUUUGGGCCAUUUUCACUGGGUUUUUCAGCCAUUUCUGGUUAUGCACCAUCAUCAUCACGUACCUGCCAACGUACAUCAGUACUGUGCUCCAUGUUAAUGUGAGAGAUAGUGGGGUUCUGUCUUCCCUGCCGUUUGUUGCUGCUGCCAGCUGUACAAUUUUAGGAGGUCAGUUGGCAGAUUUUCUUCUGUCCAGGAAUUUUCUCAGCUUAAUCAGAGUGCGAAAACUCUUUUCAUCCUUAGGCCUCCUUCUUCCAUCACUUUGUGCUGUGGCCCUGCCCUUUGUGGCAUCCAGUUACAUGACAACCAUUAUUUUGCUGAUACUUAUUCCUGGGACCAGCAACCUGUGUGACUCAGGGUUUAUCAUCAACACCCUAGAUGUUGCACCCAGAUACGCAAGUUUCCUCAUGGGGAUCUCAAGGGGAUUCGGGCUCAUUGCAGGAAUCAUCUCUUCUACCACCACCGGAUUCCUUAUCAGUCAGGAUUCUGAGUCUGGAUGGAGGAAUGUAUUUUUCCUGUCUGCUGCUGUCAACAUGUUCGGUCUGAUCUUUUACCUCACAUUUGGACAAGCAGAGAUCCAAGACUGGGCCACAGAAAGGACUCUCACUCACUUCUGAAGAUAGAGUCUAAACCUUCAUAGUACAGUCCCUUAACGUUAUAACUUUUUCUUUUUUACUGAUCGCCAAACAUUCCUCAUAUUCUUAACCACAGACAUAGCAGCUGUCUACUCCGGGUUUAUUAGACUUUCCUAGAGAGCCUUAAAUACAUCAGAUGCCUGCACCCCAGUCCAAAGACUGUGCGAAUUUCUCUGGGUUGGAGUCUGGACACCACUAAAUAUUAGGUUCCUCAAGAGAUUCUAAUGUGCAGCCAGGGUUACAACUGGUGGACAGAUUUGAAUAGGCAAUUUUGUUGUCCUUGAAUUAUCCUCUUGGGAAAAUAUUAAAUGAAUAAAAAUCUAUGGGAAACUAAUCACUGAUAAAAAACCUUCAUGGGGUAGUUAUGAACACAGAUAUCUGAUGUGAAUUGUAGCCAUGGGCUAUAAAAUUUAGUAGGGGCAGAAUUUUCAGUUGGUGAUCUACAGAAUUAAUGUUUUUUACUGUUUUAUAUACUGUGAGGCAUGGGUGCUCAUUUUUAUAGUUAAAUUCUAUUAAAAUCCAUAUGCUAACAUUAAAUAAACUAUUUUUAAAUUA